AUGUUCGAUGUGGCGCGCUCUGAGUCACCAAAGGACGAGCGUACAAAUGUGAAGGACACUCCGUCGGAAACCACCAACCAGGUUGAAAACCUUGAACUCUGCCUUUCCGCAUGUCUGUCGAGUGCUAUAAGGCAAGAUAGUCAGGAUCGUGUUGGUGGUCUAUGCGGUGAAGGCGGAGAGGCGGAGAUAACGUUAGAUGAUGAUUUUGUGGAUCGACUGCACUACCUCUACACCUCCACCUUGAUACUAAUGUUUGCUGUUUUAGUAUCCGCUAAGCAAUAC